AUGUCAUCACAAGCUCAUAUUAUUAGUUCGCUAGUAAUUUCUUCUGGUUCGAUUUCAACUCCUUGCUUGGGUUAUGUUUUGACUCGUCGUCCUAAACCAAACAGUCUUUCACGAAUGUUAUUACUUUCGAAAUCAUUUUUAAAUUCAUCUAAAUAUCCACUUGAACGAUUUAAAUUAUUUUGCUCAAAAAACAAAAAAAAUAAAAAUUUGACCGUUUUAAAAACAAAACCACCUAUGAUGAUUCGUAAUUUAUCCACUGAAAAGAAUACAACAAUUUGUUCUGAAGCUACAAGUAUCCGCUCUCUUGGUAAAGCCAUUCCUGUACAAAUUCCUCCAGAAAAUUUCAAUUCUUCAAUUAUAAACGCUGAAUCCGAAGAUGAAGAAGAUUGGGAUACUAAUAUUAUUGGAACUUAUGAUUCUCCUCGAUCAAAAUCUUUACUAAUAUUGCAACAUAAUCGUUGUGAAUCUGAUCCAACCUCUAUUCUAAGGAGAGGAAGUCACCGAAGACCCGCUCCUAGCGAAAGUUGGGAUGAUGAUUUUGAUCUGGAUAGUAAUGAAAUAAAUGUUCCUUGUUCUGUUAAAGAAGCUCAAUCAUCUUUGAGAAUGGAUAUGUCUAAUAUCCGUGAUUUUGCUUCUCAAGUUGAAGAAUUGAAAAUAUUACAUAGUAAAAAAUUGGACUUUACGUCAACGAUUCACUCCAAGAUGGGCAGAAAAUGGAAAACUGCUUUUAAUCGAUCGACAAUGAGAAAAUAUAAGAAUCUUGAAAAUUUAUUCAAGCAAGAUUGGGAAGAAGCAAAAGUAAUAAUUGAUCUUUCUGAUCGAAUACCUUCUGAACGACACGCUCAAGUGUUCAAAAAAAUUAUUUUAGAGGAAUUAGGUGAAGAUGCUCGGAACGUAAUAUUCCUUGAUGAUGACAAAGAAAAUUUUAAUGAUAAUAACUACUCCGAUACAUCAUCGAACAGUGCUGGCCACAUUCAUAGCGCUAAAAAACAAAAGUUAGCCAAUGGUGAGAGCAGUAGUAAUAAUAAAGGAAGCACAAGACGUAAAGAGAAUAUUAGAAUUAGUCUUGAAAUAAUGCCAAACUUAAUUGAUCAUUUAAAAAAGUUACAAAAUCGAUUAUCUGAUCAUAUAAAUGAAUUAAAAACUCUGACAACUAAUAAAAAAUGA